UUCAAUGUAAAAUGGGUAAAGUUUUGGUUCUGACUUGCCGGUAACCAGAGCCAAGCAAAGAUCUAGAGCAAUGGAGGAACAACAUGCAUAAGGAUUUAUAGAGUAUUGACGUAGCAAUUGCAAAAUUGAGUUUGGUUUUCAUAAUCAUAUUCCUUGAUUUUCAUUUAUUUAUUAACGUACCCAAAGGAGAAUCCGAUUCCCAAAUAUUCACUAUUGGCGUACCAAAACCCACAAAUCGCGCCAAUUAGAAGAACAAGAACAAGAAAGAGGGAAAUUUCUGUUAUCGCCAUGGAGAGUUACAAGUACGGGAUUGCUGGGGAAGAAGAAGAAGGAGAAGAAGCGCGUGAAAACGGAGGUGGGUCUGACGUCGUUUUGGGAGUGGACGGCGGAGCAACCUCCACCGUGUGCGUAUGCCUGCCGCUGAUUCCGGUGUGGGACCCGCAAAGCAGCCUACCGGACCCACUCCCCGUUCUCUCUCGCGCCGUCGGCGGUUGCUCCAAUUACAACAGCGUUGGAGAAAAUGCUGCCAAGGCUACACUGGAACAGGUUCUCAGUGAAGCCCUUACAAAAUCCGGUUCAGAUCGAUCCGCUGUUCAUGCUGUUUGUUUAGGCGUCUCUGGUGUUAACCAUCCAACAGACCAGGAAAUGAUACUGAAUUGGAUAAGGGAAAUGUUCCCUUCCCAUGUAAAGAUAUAUGUUCAAAAUGAUGCUGUCGCAGCUCUAGCGAGUGGGACCUUGGGAAAGCUUCAUGGGUGUGUAUUAGUUGCGGGUACAGGGUGCAUUGCACUUGGAUUUUCUGAAGAUGGUAAAGAAGCUCGGGCUGCAGGUGGCGGACCUAUCUUAGGGGAUUGGGGAAGCGGUUAUGGGAUUGCUGCACAGGCAUUAACUGCAGUUAUAAGGGCUUAUGAUGGUCGUGGUUCGCCGACAAUGCUUACAAGUAGAAUUCUGAAGGCUCUGGGUCUUUCUUCUCCCGAGGAAAUUAUUGGGUGGACUGAUUUUAGUGUCAAUACGGAAUUUAGGUGGACUUACACAGAUCAAUCUUGGGCUCGCAUUGCAGCACUUGUUCCAGAAGUCGUAUCAUGUGCCGAAGAUGGAGAUCAAAUUGCACAUGAAAUCCUAGUUGAUGCUGUCAAUGAAUUGGCUAUUGCUGUUAAAGCUGUCAUCGAAAGACUUUGCUUGUGUGGUGAAGAUAGAAGUGGCUCGUUUCCGGUUGUGAUGGUUGGUGGUGUCCUUGAAAGCAACAAGAGUUGGGAUAUAGGAAAAGAAGUUAUAAAAUAUAUCCAGAAACUCUAUCCUGGUGCUCAUCCAAUAAGACCAAAGGUGGAGCCUGCUAUUGGAGCAGCAUUGCUGGCCUGCAAUUUCUUGAUGAAAGAAUCACAAAGAAAUAAACAUGGCUGACGAUUCGGCUGUGCAGCGGAGAUUAAAUGAGAUUCUUUUCGAAAAAAAAAAAACUAUGAUGA